UUAUUCAUAAUGGCAUGGGAGAAUCAAACACUUAAUUUGGACUUCAUCCUGCUGGGAAUCUUCAGCCACAGUCCCAUCCACAUCUUCCUCUUCUCUCUGGUCUUGGGCAUCUUCACAGUGGCCUUUAUGGGAAACACUGUCAUGAUUCUUCUUAUUUACCUGGACACCCAACUUCACACCCCCAUGUACUUUCUCCUCAGUCAACUGUCUCUUAUGGACCUCACUCUGAUCUCCACCAUUGUACCAAAGAUGGCCUUCAACUACCUGUCUGGUAGGAAAUCUAUCUCUCUGAGUGGCUGUGGAACCCAGAUAUUCUUCUAUGUGUCUCUGCUUGGAGCUGAAUGUUUCCUGUUGGCAGCAAUGGCCUAUGACCGCUAUGUUGCUAUUUGCCACCCACUAAGAUACUCAGUUCUCAUGAGCCAGAGAAUAUGUGGUCUAGUGGUAGCCUCUUCCUGGGCUGUGGGCUGCUUUGAUGGUACAAUUGUCAUUUCAGUUGUCAUGUCCUUUUCCUAUUGUGGUGCACGGGAAAUACCACACUUUUUCUGUGACACCACUGCCCUUCUCACUGUCUCAUGCAGUGACACAUUAUUAUUUGAAAGAUUAAUGUUUAUUUGUUGUGUCAUUAUGCUCCUCUUCCCUGUAGCAGUCAUCAUUGCUUCCUAUGUACGUGUUAUCCUGGCUGUCAUUCACAUGGCCGCUGGGGAGGGUCGCCGCAAAGCUUUUGCCACCUGUUCCUCCCACCUCAUGGUUGUGGGAAUGUACUAUGGAGCUGCCAUGUUCAUCUACAUGCGGCCUAUUUCUGAUCGUUCCCCCUCCCAGGACAGGAUGGUUUCAGCCUUCUACACUAUCCUCACUCCUAUGCUGAACCCCCUCAUCUACAGUCUGCGCAACAAGGAAGUGGCCAGAGCAUUCAUGAAAGUGUUAUGGAAGGGCAAGACUAGAGAACAAAUUACAUUGUUUUAA